CUUCCCUGAAUGCACCCAGUUACUGUCGCAAGGAAUUUUAGAUGAAUCACAUCGCCAGCAAAAGCCAGUCAAACGAUGAUGACUGUUCUGUGUCACAAAUCAAAGGGCUGAAGCAGAUAGCUUAAAAACAAAUUGAAAUUAACAGCCAACGCACGCACUCGAAUUUUGACACAACGUGAAGUUUACAAAAUCGAUAUAGGUUGUACCAACCGUACCCUAAAAGUAGUCUUUGCGUAACCCGACCGACCGAAAAAUAAUUACUUUUCCCAUAGAACUAUUAGUAUGUCAAUAUGUCGAUAUCGCCUUCGCACUCGUGCGGGUUAAAAGCUGACGGCACAGCCACCCAGUAUAAAGAAACGCCGGCCACCACACAAACCUCUGGGCUUCAGUCAUCACCUAGGUCCUUUCCACCAGAGCCCGAGGAUACGUUAGAGUACUUCAUUAAGUUUCCAAAGACUUCAUCUAAAAAUGAGUUUGUACUAGCUAAGGACCAUGACAGCGAGGAUAGCCACGUGCCCAUUGUUAUGCUGUUGGGAUGGGCGGGCUGCCAGGAUCGAUACCUGAUGAAAUACUCUAAAAUUUAUGAGGAUCGGGGCCUUAUUACUGUGCGAUACACGGCUCCGGUAGACAGCCUAUUUUGGAAGAGAUCCGAAAUGAUUCCUAUCGGCGAGAAAAUCCUCAAACUCAUCCAGGAUAUGAAUUUUGACGCCCAUCCACUAAUAUUUCACAUAUUUUCCAAUGGCGGGGCAUACCUGUACCAACAUAUUAAUUUAGCUGUGAUGAAGCACAAGUCUCCGCUGCAGGUUCGUGGCGUGAUUUUUGACUCUGCUCCUGGAGAGCGAAGGAUAUUAAGCCUGUAUCGUGCCAUUACAGCCAUCUAUGGCAGGGAGAAGCGCUGCAACUGCUUGGCUGCACUGGUUAUAACCAUCACACUUAGUAUCAUGUGGUUUGUGGAGGAAUCAGUUUCUGCCUUAAAAAGCUUAUUCGUGCCGUCUUCGCCAAUACGCUCCAGUCCGUUUUGCGAUCUCAAAAACGAAGCCAAUAGAUACCCACAGCUUUUUUUGUAUUCAAAAGCUGACAUUGUUAUUCCCUAUCGAGAUGUGGAAAAAUUUAUUCGACUUCGACGCGAUCAGGGUAUUCAGGUAUCGUCAGUAUGUUUCGAGGAUGCCGAGCACGUUAAGAUUUACAUCAAAUAUCCUAAACAGUACGUUAAGUGUGUGUGUAAUUUUAUUAGAAAUUGCAUGGCAGUUUCUCCCAUUAAGGUGGCUGCUAAUUAUAAGCCAUCCGAAAAUUUGUAUCGGGUUAACCUAAAAUACGAUUAGGCAGCACAGGAGAAAGAAACAAGAGAGAACUAAACUCAUCGUAAUUAUUAAAGGUUUAAAGCGCUUUAUGUAGAAUCAAAUUUAAAAGUGAUUAAAAUAAAAGCAUUUCCAAAUAUUUAAAAAACA